AUAAAGGCGUGGUGGCGAUACUCCGCGAUCGCUGGCAGCCCAUGACAUCAGCCGGGCACGCCUGGGAUGCCGCCGCUGCCGGCCAGACUCGGCGCAGGAGGAGGGUCCCGCCGGCUCGGAGUCAGUUAGCCCCGCGCAGCGAGGGGGGAGCCGCCAGCUUCCUGGGGACACCGGUUUCGGCCGCUGGCCGCCGCGGUCCUCCUACCCACCGGCGCUCCCGGAGAGUUGGAUGCAUUGUGGGGUGUUAGCUGCGCUCCGCUGGGCUCCCGGGAGCCCGUUCCUGGCGGAAAACAGGGGGCGUCUGGCCAAGGGACCAGCGGCUCGUUGAGACUCAACAUGACACUCCUGGGGUCUGAGCAUUCUUUGCUGAUUAGGAGCAAAUUCAGAUCAGUUUUGCAGUUACGACUUCAGCAGAGGAGGACCCAGGAACAGCUGGCUAACCAAGGCAUAACACCACCACUGAAAAAUCCAACCGAAUUCCAUGAGCAAAGAAAACAUUUGGAUAGUGACAAGACUGAAGACUCCCUGAAGCACAAGGUCAGAAACAGGCCCGAUCACACCGACGUGGUUAAUAUGCACAUACUCCAAGCCUCCACUGCAGAGAGGUCCAUCCCAACUGCUCAGAUGAAGCUGAAAAGAGCCCGACUUGCAGAUGAUCUCAAUGAAAAGAUCGCCCUCCGGCCAGGACCACUGGAGCUGGUGGAGAAGAAUAUACUCCCCGUGGAUUCUGCUGUGAAGGAGGCCAUAAAAGGUAACCAGGUGAGUUUUUCCAAAUCGGCAGAUGCAUUUGCCUUCGAAGAGGACAGCAGCGGCGAUGGGCUUUCUCCAGACCAGACUCGAAGCGAAGACCCCCAGGGCUCAGCGGGAUCCCCUGCGGACACUAAAGCUUCAGAGACCCCUUUGGCAGGUCCUCUGGGGCCAGUCCAGGAUCAUUCUUCUGGCUCCGAAAAUGACAGGAAAGACUCAGCCUCCCAGCCCAGCAACCAGUCAGACACGGGGACGCAGGGGCUCGGCCCUCUUGGUAACCCCAUCGCUGUGCAUGCUGCCGUAAAGUCCAAGCCCUUGAGCGACAGUAAGAACCGCCACAAAAAGCCCAAGGACCCCAAGCCCAAGGUGAAGAAGCUCAAAUAUCACCAGUACAUCCCCCCAGACCAGAAGGCGGAGAAGUCCCCUCCGCCCAUGGACUCGGCCUACGCCCGGCUACUCCAGCAGCAGCAGCUCUUUCUGCAGCUCCAGAUCCUGAGCCAGCAGCAACAACAGCACCAGCUUGGCUACCCCGGGCUUCACCAGGCUCAGCUCAAGGAGCCAAAUGAACAGAUGGUCAGAAAUCCAAACUCUACUUCAACACCACUGAGCAGUACCCCUUUGUCUCCUGUCAAAAACAGCUUUUCUGGACAAACUGGUGUCUCUUCUCUCAAACCAGGCCCACUGCCAUCAAACCUAGAUGAUCUGAAGGUCUCGGAAUUAAGACAGCAGCUUCGAAUCCGCGGCCUGCCCGUGUCGGGCACCAAGACGGCCCUCAUGGACCGUCUGCGGCCCUUCCAGGACUGUUCGGGGGCGCCCCUGGCCAGCUUCGGGGACAUCACGACGGUCACUUUCCCCGUGACGCCCAGCGGCGCGCUGCCGGGCUACCAGUCCUCCCCGUCCGCCGGCGCCUUGUCCAGCGGCUUCUACCACUUCGGCAGCACCAGCUCCAGCCCCCCGAUCUCGCCCGCCUCGUCCGACCUGUCGGCGGCGGGGUCCCUGCCCGACCCCUUCAACGACGCGUCCCCGUCCCUCUGCCUGCACCCGUCCCCGCUGCCCGCGUGCGCCGACGAGGGCCUCCUGAGCAGCCGGAACGGGGGCUCCCUCGGCCCCGAGCUGGACGGGCUGGACUCGGAGAAGGACAAGAUGCUGGUGGAGAAGCAGAAGGUGAUCAACGAGCUCACCUGGAAGCUCCAGCAGGAGCAGCGCCACGUGGAGGAGCUGAGGCUGCAGCUGCAGAAGCGCAAGAGGAGCCCCUGCGCCGAGAAGCCGCCGCCCUUCCUGGCCGUCGCCGUCAAGCAGGAGGACGCCGCGCCCGGCUGUCCCUUCACGCCCCAGCAGAGGCCUGGGAAGAGACCGGGCCUCGGCUCCGAGGGCCGAGCGCAGGCCUGCGAAGCGGCGGGGCGCCGGCCCCCGGGGCCCGCUCCGUGCGCCGAGCCGGCCUCGGGCCCCGGCGACGCGCUGCCGUCCACGUUCCUCAGCCCGCAGUGCUCCCCUCAGCGCUCGCCGCUGGGCGCUGUCAAAAGCCCGCAGCACAUCAGUUUGCCCCCAUCCCCCAACAACCAUUACUUCCUCCCCCCCUCCUCGGGCGCCCAGGGGGACGGGCACAGGAUCGCCUCACCUGCCAGCAACCAGGUAUGCGCUGCACAGAACUCAGGGCAUGAGAGCCAUCCUGCAAGCUUCUCUCCCCAGCCCUCCGGCCUCCACCCCCCUUUCUCUGGAGCCCAGGCAGACAGCAGUCAUGGUGCUGGGGGCACCCCUCGUCCCAAAAGCCCAGGGGUCCAGCAAAAGAUGGCUGGUUUACACUCUUCUUCUGAGAAGACAGGGCCAAAGUUUUCCAUUCCAUCCCCAACGUUUUCCAAGUCAACUUCAGCAGUUCCAGAGAUAACCCAGCCUCCGUCCUAUGAAGAUGCCGUAAAGCAGCAAAUGACUCGGAGUCAACAGAUGGAUGAGCUCCUAGAUGUCCUCAUUGAAAGUGGAGAAAUGCCAGCUAACGCUAGAGAGGAUCAUUCGUGUCUUCAAAAAGUCCCCAAGAUACCCGGGUCUUCCCGAAGCCCCCCGGCUGCCCUGCCCAAACCCUCGUCUUCGGGGGGCCAGCUCUCCUUUGAUCACUACAGCACCGAGAACGAUGAGCACCUUGAAGUCUUAUUAAAUUCCCAGAGCCCCUUAGGGAAGGUGAGCGAUGUCGCCCUGCUAAAAAUCGGGAGCGAAGAGCCUCCUUUCGAUGGGAUAAUGGAUGGAUUCUCCGGGAAGGCAGCAGAAGACCUGUUCAGCGCCCACGAGAUCUUGGCAGGCCCCCUCUCCCCGAUGCAGACUCAGUUCUCCCCCUCCUCUGUGGACAGCAGUGGACUGCCGCUAAGCUUCACUGAAUCUCCUUGGGAAACCAUGGAGUGGCUGGACCUCACUCCGCCAAGCUCCACGCCAAGCUUUAGCUCCCUCGGCACCAGCGGACCCAGCAUCUUUAACAUUGAUUUCCUGGAUGUCACGGAUCUCAACCUGAAUUCCCCCAUGGACCUUCACUUACAGCAGUGGUAGAAUGGUGGGCAGAGGCACCAAGGGAGACCAGUGGGAAUGCCAUGGGGGAAAAGCAGACAACCAAAAUCACUCCUAUCGUCCAAAAAGAGGAGGAGGAGGAGGAGGGAAUUUCAAAGAAACAGUGGAGACUUCUGUGACCAUCAACGAGAGCAAAAAGGAGUCUUUAUAUAUAUGUGUAUGAUGUAAUAUUUACCGACAUUCAGUAACUGUCAAUGAUUUCAGCAAUGCAUUCAGAAAUGUGCUUUCUCAGAUCAGGAAUGCCAAAAAAAAAAAAAAAAAAAAAUCUUUCACUGCCUUUUCAAACACCAAUAUUUUUGCAACCCCUGAUUUUUCUCAGGCAUUGUUCGGGCAUAUUCUCGCUUCGUAAGCCUCUCUCAUGGAUUUAUUAGAUGUGGUGCAGAAAGGAAAUGGAGCUCUUUUGGAGUACAGGGAGUAUAAUAGCAUAACCAUCAACAUUUCUGGAAGAUAGACCCAUGGUGGAGGCUGCUUGCCAUCCCUCCCCUCCUUAUCAUUCAAAAUAGAAGUCAGGCCCCACUUCCGUUAGGUUCUUGAGGUAGGAUAGAGGGACAGAACCAACCCAUUCCCAGGGAAAGGAAAUCAGCUGGACCACAAAGCUGCCCCCUUGUGGUGAUUCCAGUCCGGGACCCAGGACUCUGUGUGGUCACGGAUAGCAAAGACCCUACAUUUGGUCCACAGAACCCCACUGAGAAUUUCCCUCUUUGUCAACCAGUCACCAGAUCACUCCCACUGUCUCUGUGAAGCGGGAAACAGCCAAGAACCUUAAAGCAAACUAAACCCAAAACCUCCUGCCAUGGAAAGUUCCCCAACACAGCCCCCUUUAGUUUCAAAGACUGGAGGUGACCACAUAAGCAGAUGGCAAACCAUACCAGGAAUCAUUCAGACAGUGCUAGAAAACCUUGUUUCACGUGUCACGAGAAUAAAUACCAUGGGUUCCUACAACGGGAUGGCGAUUUAUGGAGGUCCAACUUUUUUUGCGGGGGAGGGAUUUGGGAUCCACCUCUGUUUAUCUUUCUCCAACUUUUCUUUCAAGAUACCAAUCUUUUCUUGCUCCUCUUUUGAAACUCUUUCUUUUUUCUGCCCCAACAUCAAGAGGACUCCUCAGAUCUAACAAGCUGCCAUAAUCCUAAUAAAGCCAUAUUUUAAAAAGCUAAAACUCCAUGUUCUCCCGGAGAACUCAUUCUCCAUAUGCAUCAUUUGCUGCAAAAAAAAAAAAAAAAAAAAAAAAGAAUGUCCUUGGGGGAAAAAAGCAGUGACUUGGCCCAUCAGUCCCAAAGCUCAUUCUGCUCUCAUUUGACUUACAGCAAUCAGUGAUUUGGGUGGUGUGGGGGAAAUUGGAAAUCAUUACUUUGUAAAGAUAGAGCUGAAAUGAUAUUUGCAAGGGGAGAGGAUUGCAGGUCUGGGUCCGUGAAAGGAAACACAGUUGCACAUGGAAAACAAGGAAAGGAAGAAAAGACAGUGGUCUGGUGUGCAUUCCUCAGUACCUCCUGCUUUUGCUGGGACUCCAAACACUCAAAUGACAUAGUGUUGCAUGCUGUAGAGAGUAGCUGUUGCUGGUUGGCUGGUUGGUUUGUUGUUGUUGUUGUUGUUGUUGUUGUUGUUGUUGUUUUUAAUUUAAACCACUAAGGCACUGUGUUCUUAUUUUGUAAAAAAAAAAAAAAAAAAAAAAAAAAUUCACUGUGCACUUACGCAGAAGGUAACCAAAAAUGUUGUGAUUUUAGAAGUUCUCUUUUUGAUAAACCAAAGAUGUAGAAAUCAUUCCAUUGUUAACUUGUAAACAUGUGUGAACACAGAGUGUUUUGCGGGGACUGCUACUCAGAAAGCUGGCAGAUCUAACGGGGGGUAGGUAUGCAUAUGUGUGUAGAUAUAUCCAUGUAUAUAUACAUGCAUGUGUAUAUAUGUCUACACGUAUGUGUAUUUGUGUGUCUUUUGAAAAGCAGUGUUACAGAGCAUUCUACACCAAUAGCCCUUAAGCCCCCAAUUUGCUGUGAAAUGAUACUUGGCCUUUCUCACUACGAGUUCCUGAUUCAUCAACAGACUACACGUUGCCUCUUGUGUAUGACUACCGGCUCCAGCCCGAAGACUCACACAGCCACUUGCUCACCAUGAACGCGCUCAUCUUGACAAGGAAUAUGGAUGUGAAAAGACAGAACAGCUUCACCCUUAGUUGCUGGAAGUGGUAAAUACCGUCUCUCGUAGAAAAGCAUCAAAGGGACACGAAAACCGUUUUUUACAUUCCUUGACCUGCGUUGUGCUUUGAGAGAUCCACAUGGUACAUUUUUUUCGUUUUGCUUUUAUGUCCGUCAUCAGAACCAGAAAUCGAGAGGGAAGCAUUACCAGUCUCUUCUGGGAAGGUGAAGCUCCAGGGAAGAAAGACCUUAUUAACACAUUCCUCAUGUUUGUUUGUCCCUCAGAUGUUGACAUUUUAUUUGGAUCUUGACAAAGCUUGCUGGUCAGUACAUUUUUCCUGUGCCACGUUGUGCGACCUGUAUGUUAUUUUCUCCCCCCUUAUCGCCUUUGGAAAACAAACUUGCAGGGUCUCUGCUCGGGGUAUUUGGAGCAGAAGGACGAGACUUGGUCAGGAAGCCGCUGUACUUUGUUAAGACUGUACACUUGCCUACACACCUUUGUAGGAUAUUAAUCAGUACUGAUAUGCAUCACAGAGCAGACCCCUGGAUUCUUAGUCUCAGCCCCUUCCCACAGGCUCCGUAUUCACACACUGUCCAUCGAUCAGAUGUGACAUUUACAGUAUAAAACUAGGGAUACCUGGGAGAAACUCGGAGAAGUUGGCUGCACCCAGGGGAUCAGACAGACCAUGUUAAUUCAUCUGUCUCCUAGUGGGAGUUUUUAUUUUAAGUACUUUUAAACUCUUAAGUGUGUCCUCUUUUCUGGAGAUCAAUGGGACAUGACUAGGAGAUGUACGGAGACUUCUGAAGACAGCCACAGUUGAGCUUCUUAAUGCUCUUAGAGCCUGGAAGUAGCCACGUGUGGUUUUCUCCAGAUACCUGGGACUCCCGUGGUGAAGCAGGCCUAACAGACACAGAGUUUGCCGCUAAUCCUGGUGUUGCUGCAGCCGCGUGGGUUCAAACUUACUCAACAGUCAGGAAACGCAUCUGUGCAAAUGCUCUCGUUAAGAUAGUGCUCGUUAGCAGUAGCCCUGCUUCUAACAAUAUUAUUGAGACAGCACGCAUUCUGUUAU